AUGGCACAGGGCCAGCUACCAAACAACUCUUUGAAGAACAGUUCGAUCCCUGUGUUCACUGGCCUUGACCUCCUCUUUGACCUGAAGCCCCUCUUCAUUCCCCUCUAUGCCACUCUGGUGGCUGUGGCUUGCACCGGCAACUUGCUCCUCAUUCUCCUUAUAGUUGUCACCAAAAAACUGCACAGCACCACUAACUUCCUUAUUGGAAACCUGGCUGCUGCUGACCUGAUCAUGUGCAUUUUCUGCGUCCCACUGACUGCAUCCUAUGCCUUUGAGAUCCAGGGCUGGCUCUUUGGGGUGUUCAUGUGUUACUUUGUCACCUUGAUGCAGACUGCCACUGUAUUUGUGUCUGUGCUGUCCCUCACAGCUAUUGCAGUGGACAGAUAUAUCGUUGUUGCUUACCCCAUUCGCAGAAGGCUAAGCCGCAAGUCCUGUGUCUACAUAGUGGCCUUCAUUUGGUUACUCUCCAUUGUGAUUUCUGUGCCUACAUCCAUGCACACCCAUUAUCUGGAUCUCAACAAGAUUGGCCAUGACAUGUUCAUCUGUGAAGAAUUCUGGAAGCACCAAGAGAAAGAAAGGUUGCUGUACUCAUGCUCAAUGCUCCUUUUGUCCUACAUGCUCCCACUUUCUGCAGUGUCUAUCUCCUACUGUGCCAUUUCUUAUCGCCUCAGGAAGAGGAAUGUCCCAGGGGCUGCGUACCACAACCAAGAGAAAUGGACCAAUAAAAAGCGAAAGACCUUCCGGGUUCUCAUUAUUUCAGUCAUGUGCUUUGCUGUCUGCUGGCUACCUCUGCAGGUGGUGAACCUCAUCAGAGAUGUAGACGAGGAGUUCACCAUCUUGGACAAGAGGUACGUGAAUGUCAUUCAAGUGUCAUGUCACUUGAUUGCCAUGAGCUCUGCCUGUUAUAACCCUUUCAUCUACGCCUCGCUCCACGACAAAUUCAGAUUCCAUGUUAGUAACUAUUUUUGUCAUCACAAGAAGAGGUCCAGCAUCAUGUCCCGCAAGGCCUCGCGACUCAAUACCUGCUCCACACUGGCAGACAUUCCCAUGGGCAUCACCGAUAAAAGAAAACCUGCCUUGCAGAGUUAA